AUGGAUGAACCUGAAAGUAGUAGGCCUGAAGAGGUCAAUACUGAAAUUGAUGAUCAAUUUGCUUUAGAUGGCAAGGAUGAUGUUGUUGAUGUGAAAGAAGGGUUAGCUUCCCAAACCUAUGAUAGUUUACGAAUGCUUACUAAGGAAGAUGUGUUGCAAAUGAAAUUCAAUUCAGAGGAUGAUGCUUAUACUUUCUACAAUGCAUACGCUAAGGUCAUCGGUUUUAGCGUACGAAGAAGUAGAAAAAGAAUUACUGGAGACAACAAAUUUGUAGAGAGUAGGAAAUGGGUUUGUUCAAGGGAAGGUGUAAGAGAAAAGAAAUACUUGCAACGUGUGGAACAGGGGAACACAACCAUCCGUUGGCAGCACCACACUGCGUCCCUUUUCUUUGGUCGCAUAGGUUUGUAA